AUGGAGAAACUUUAUCCUUAAUUAUGGCCCAAGCGUCUUGUACCAGAUGAUAUCUAAUCAUUAUUACCAGUUGGUAGAAAUCGUACAGCUUUUUUAACAGGUAUCACUGGAUAAGAUGGCUUAUAUAUGACCGCUUAUCUCUUAUUUCACUAGAAAGAAUAUGAUUAUACUGUAUAUGGAGUAGUCAGGAAAAAUAGCGCGACACUUCCAUUCCUGUUUUAGUACAAUGAAUUUUUAUAAACACUUGAAAUAAGCAAAGCAAGAAAGAUCAUUUUAGUCUAUGGAGAUGUUACAGAUUAGAUGUUUAUGCAUAAUGCUAUUGCUAAAGCUUAACCAGAUGAAAUAUAUAACUUUGCUGCUCUAUCAUAAGUUCAACACUCUUUCGAUGGACCAGGAGUCACAAUGGAUACCAAUAUCAGUGGUUUAACAAAUAUUUGUUAAGCUGUAUUGUCUCUUAAAAUGAUAAAUGUGAGAAUAUUUCAUGCUUCAACUAGUGAGAUGUUUGGAGAUGUGAUAUAAAAAAAUGGAGAAGCAAUAGUUACUGAGGGCUUUCCUUUCAACCCAAUGUCUCCCUACGCUGUCUCAAAGAUUACGAAUUACUAUCAAGUAUAGUUCUACAAAAAUGUUUACAAAAUGUUUAUUUGCACUGGUCUAACUUUCAAUCAUGAGAGUCCAUUAAGAUAAGAAACUUUCAUUACUCGAAAGAUUACAAAAGCAGUUGCUAGAAUUAAAAUUGGACUGUAAGAUCGCCUCAGAGUCGGAAAUAUUUAUGCAAAGAGAGAUUGGGGUCAUGCUUUUAACUAUGUUCAAGCAUUUUGGAAAUUACUUAAUAAACAAGAUGAACCUGACGAUCUUGUAAUAGCUACAUGUGAAACAGUUAGUGUUAAAGAGUUUAUAGAGCAGGCAUUUAGAGUUGCAGGAUAUACUAAUAUAGAAUGGAAAGGGGAAGGAAGUGAUGAGAAGCUUAUUGAUAGAGAUGCUGAUAAGAUAUUAUUGGAAAUAGAUCCAUAGUUUUAUCGACCAGGCGAAGUACCUUUUUUAAGAGGAAACCCUCAAAGAAUCAAAGAAAAAUUAGGAUGGGAGCCAAAUAUUCUUUGGAGAGAGUUACUAGAAGAAAUGCUUGAAUAUGAUCUUAAAUUAGCAAAACUUGAGGAAAACAGUCUGCUUUAGCUUUAAAAUAAAACUUAACUGUGA